CCGUAGAAGUUGCCCCUUUUCAUCGCCUCACUUAGCAAAUUGCUACUAAUCGGCGGAUCAUCUGUCAGAGGCGGGCAGCAUGGAUAUAACCGGAGUGCCCGUCCUCCAGCGGUCGUGAUGCCAAGCGCCGGUGUAACCCCGCGCUGCGAGCCCGUAAUGCCUGCUCUCUAACCCGCACCAGUGUGGCGCCGUGUCCCGGUCAGCCCGCCACGAUGAGCAGCACCGACCUGGAGCGCAUGUCGCUCAGCUCCUCGGCCAACUCGGUGGCUUCCAGUGCCCGGACGCUGUCGGCCAACGUGAGGAAACUGCACAACGCGCUCAACCUCCUGCUCAACGACUUUGAGAGGGAGCAGUUCAUCCACUGCCUCAACGUGUACCACUCCAAACGCAACGUGUACGACCUGGUCCAGACCCUCAACGUCAUCCUCAACGCGCCCAGCAAGCGGCAACUUCUGCCCAUGCUUCGGUUGGUCAUCCCCCGCUCCGACCAGCUCCUCUUCGAGCAGUACACCUCGGAGGGCCUCUACUUAAAAUCGGAUUCAGUUGCGAGCAAUGGCAACGCCGAACCCCCGCCGGGAGACUUCCCCAGUGCCAGCCCUACUCCCCCGGGGCAUUUCUCACCAAACAACCCGCCUGAGUUUCAGGUGGCGUUGCGUGGCUCUCCGGACAGCUUCAGCACCAGCAGCGAAGGGACAGCUCCCCUGGUGCCUCUGCUCGGGAGGAACUUUGUCCACGAGCCGCCGGGCGAGAUCCGGCAGGUCACCAUGAAGAGACACAAGAGCAACGAGGGCCUGGGCUUCAGCAUCCGCGGAGGGUCCGAGCAUGGGGUCGGGAUCUACGUGUCCCUGGUGGAGCCGGGGAGCCUGGCGGAGAAAGAGGGUCUUCGAAUCGGCGACCAGAUCAUGAAAGUCAACGACAAAGUCUUCGACAAAGUCACCCAUGCUGAUGCUGUAAAGGUGCUGAAGGGCAAUAAAAAGCUCAGCCUCUCCGUGCGUUCAGUCGGGCGGAUUCCAGGCGGCUACGUCACCAACCACGUUUACACCUGGGUGGACCCUCAGGGCCGGAGUGUGUCCCCUCCUCCUGACCUGACGGUGCAUCGCAGCGCCACCCUGAGGAGAACUGACAGCCAGCGGCGCAGCAACAUGCAGCUUCUGCAGGACGGGGACGAGAAGAAGGUCAACUUGGUGUUGGACGACGGCCGCUCUCUGGGUCUGAUGAUCCGGGGGGGGGCAGAAUAUGCGCUGGGGAUUUACAUCACGGGCGUGGACCAGGGAUCAGCAGCAGAGUGUGGAGGACUCAAGGUCGGAGAUCAGAUAUUGGAGGUGAACGGGCACAGCUUCCUGAGCAUCCCGCACGACGAGGCCGUCCGGGUCCUGAAGUCGUCUCGGCACCUGAUGAUGACGGUGAAGGAUGUGGGCCGCCUGCCGCACGCCAGGACGGUGGUGGGGGAGACCAAGUGGAUCGCCAGCUCGCAGAUAGGAGAGAGCUCGGCCAACAGCAGCAUCGCAGGCUUCUCAAUGGACAAAGGAGCCUCAGCAGCAGGAAAGCCUGGUUUCUAUAAAGGCGUGGCGGGCUCCCAGGUGACCCUGUCCAGCCUGGUGAACCAGACGCGGGCCAUGCUGGAGGAGCAGGCGCGCCACCUGCUGACGGAGGUGGAGCGGCAGACCAUGGGCUACUACGUGGAGGAGUACCGGGAAGGACACAUCGGGGUGGAGCAACUGGUGGUGGCGCUGUUUGAACUGCUCAACACGCACGCAAAGUUCUCUCUGCUGUCAGAGGUUCGAGGCCUGGUCACCCCUCAGGACCUGGAGCACUUUGACGCGCUGGUGCUGAGACGAGAAAUUCAGGCUCUUAAAGCGCGACAGGGGCCAGCCGGAGCCACGGCACUGCAGCAAGACUCCCUGUCCAUGGUGUCGUACCCAGACACUCUGACCUCAUCUUCAGCCAGCUUCAUGACCAACACCACCCUCAGCUCUGCACGGAACGACAGCGCGGUGGACAGUAAUAAGGCGGAUCCCCCGGAGAGUCUGAACACGCUUCUGGCCGACAUCUCUCUGGACGACGUACAGUCCACCCCAGCUGAAUCCCCCCCCUCCUUCAAGCCUCCGCCCCCACCAGGGGUGCAGAGGCGGCCAACUAGACGAGAUCCGGUCAACAAAAGCCCCUCGUCCGAAUCCUCCCACUCAGGCCUGUACUUCACAGCCCCGUCCAAUAACCAGCGCAGCAGAGAGCCAGGACACGCCCCCGCCUUACCCUCACUGCACAAACGGGAGCACCCCAGGGACCCCUCCCGGGACUACGCGGUCAUUAAAAAGAGAGAACCCACGGUACCUUCCAGGAGAGAACAGAUAGCUGCUGCUCAGCUGUCUAAGGUCACACAGCCCAACAUUGGCCCUUUCCCAAGGGUCCUGUCCCCCAGCAGGGGCACCAAACCCGCUGCCCCGUCCCCUUCACCUCCACCUCCACCUCCACUCCCUGCCCCUCCUCCACCCCCUUUUCUUCCUUUUAAACCAGUGUCCAUGUCCAAAGUCCCCCCCUCCUCUCCGGGCUCUAAGCAGCAGUUUGUUACGGUGGAGGUUCACAGGCCCAACGCAGAGCCCGACGUCAACGAGGUGCGGCCCCUUCCCCAAACUCGAGGUGGCGCUCUGUCUCAGCUGUCAGACAGCGGCCAGACCCUCAGUGAGGACAGCGGGGUGGACAUAGCUGAGUCAGGACACAUCAGCAAAGACAGCAGCACCCACUUCUCACACACACGCCACCCCCGGGACACCCAGGGGGGCGGGGGGGACCACCCCUCCAAACCGCCGGGGCUGUUGGAGCCCACCUCCUCCCUGGUGAGGGUGGCAAAGAGCGCCAGCACUCUGGGGAUCGCCAUUGAAGGCGGAGCCAACACGCGCCAGCCCAUUCCACGAAUAGUCACAAUACAGAGGGGGGGUUCAGCUCAUAACUGCGGGCAGCUGAAGGUGGGUCAGGUGAUCCUGGAGGUGAACGGGGCGACCAUGAGGGGCCGCGAGCACAGGGACGCCGCACGCCUCAUCGCAGAGGCCUUCAAGACCAAAGAGAGGGACUACGUGGACUUCCUGGUGACCGAUUUUAACGUGGCGCUAUAGCUGAGUGGAGGAGGAGACAACAUGACACGAAGAAAUUGUCUAUUGUUUUAAAUGGCACAACUCUUUUAAACAAACACAAAGGAACCGACUGAUCUCUGAGCCCUUCAGUCUGGAUAUAUGAUUUUUCAUUACCGUGGACUUUGUUCAGGAUUCUCCUCAACGUGUUACCUCCGCACUGUGAGACCUUAUGCACUAAAUGGAAAGUAGUGAAACCUUUUCUUUUUCUCCUUGUGAAAACUUGUGGAUUUACAACCGUUGAAACCCACCGGAGCUCCUUGUAGCACUUCCUCUUCCGUUGGUCAGUUUAUUAUUAUUAUUAUUAUUUAUUUGUUCGCUUCUACCCGAGAGACAACCGCACAUCUAAGACUAAUCCACGCUCGACUUUACAAGCCUGGAUUUGUAAAUGUAAAAAUGAACAAAUGUAGAUACAGAUGCCUAUAUAUACUGUACACAUAAAGAUACUCCUAUAUGAAUUAUAAAACCCGUAACCUCCGUUGCAUCAUCAGCAUAUAGUGAUAUAUUUAAUGAUGAUGAUGAUGCCAUCCUGGUGAUUCUACAUAUUUUAUAGUGAUGCUACCUGCCUGUCUGCAUAUAAGCACUCUUUCACAAUAAGAAGUAUGAUAUGUCAAGCUAACAGAAAUACACGUUACAUGCUUUAAUCAGACAUACAAAUACAUGUAUGAGGGAAGGGCACCACGCCUCAGUUCCUGUUUCUUUCCACUUCCAUGUUUAUAUGUAUUUUUCACUACAUUGUCAACUCUUAAUCAGCUGAAUUUUCAAUUCUGUGAAGAUAAACGAUCAAGGCUU